GUGCAGGCACAGGUGACAGACUAACCGUGACAUCUCAUAGACAACAACUUUUCUUGGUCAAUAAUUUAGCGCAACGAACGCAAUCGUAUCACAGGGCACGGUACAUGGAUAUCACACAAGAGCUAAAACAGGCGGACAGGAAUAGAAAGAAAGGUCCAUCUCCCAAACUUAGGGGACAUCCUCGCGAUGAUCCACAGAAUGCAGGAUUAAACAUGAGAGAAGACGGGUAUGCCAAAGUGUCGGAUGUGCUCUCGAAUCCCAUGUUUAGAGAUGUCAACUUCUCUCAGUUGCAGGAGAUAGUUAGCCGAGACCAAAAACAACGAUUUCAUCUUCUAUCAGAGCCUCGGACACCGGACUCACCGUCCGACAUAUGGUGGAUCAGAGCAAAUCAGGGGCAUUCUUUGAAGACGGUUACCCUGGACAUGCAGCCUAUCACAUCUGCAUUGGAUAUACCAAUGGCAGUCCACGGCACCACGCUCAGUGCCUGGGAGUGCAUAGGCCUAUCCAAAAUGAACCGAAAUCACAUUCAUCUUGCCCAAGGCAUUGCGGGAGACAAUGUUAUGAGCGGAAUGCGCAAUUCCUCGCAAAUCUUGAUUUUUGUUGACGUGCAGAAAGCGCUUGAUGCUGGCAUUCCAUUCUACUUGUCCGCAAAUGGUGUCGUCCUCACAGAUGGCGGUGACGAGGGGUUCCUGUCGCCAACUUAUUUCCAGCGGGUGGAGCAUGCCAAGAGUCGCUUACCGGUACCGGGAUGGGAGGGCGCAGGACCAGUUGUACCGCGAGCAUCCCUCGCUCAGUCGUCACCGCCCGCUCAAGAUCAUGAUGUUGCACAGGCGCAGUCCAGUCCAACUCAACCCACAUAGUUAAAAUUCACAAUCUGGCACGUUAUGUACUACCUUGUCAUAUUCGUACAGAUAUCAGCGACAUAUUCUUCUCGCCCCGCGUUGAUUGCUAAUCACUUACCCAUCUUUUCUUGCAACUCUUGUUCCUCUAGGAUUUUUCGCGACACCCUGCUUCGAGCACGAAUCCUGGACCCAUAAAAGAAAAGGACCUGCACGAUUUAACAACGACUGACAGGUAGUAGCCAGUUGU